AUGCACAAGGUCUACGGGCCUUAUCCUACAGAUACGCCCGACCCUACAUCAUGGCAGCCUCCUGCGAAACCCGGAGCUGGGGGACAUCAUGGGCGAUACCUCUGGACCGACGCCUUUGGGGUUAUUAACUUUAUCACCCUAUCCCAUGAGAAGGACUGCAUCCACUCAAAGAAACUCUACUUAGGACUAGCCAGGCGGCUGGCGGAUAAAGUUCACUCUGUUCUCGGUCGCACACGGGAUGGGACUUCACGCCUCCACGGCGCGACCGACGAGGAAUAUUUGAAAGGUGGCUUACGUAUCGGGAAGCUCGACGCCGAGGGUCCCGAUGGCGACGGCCAAUAUCAUCACUAUUUGACCCUCUGGAUGUUCGCGCUGAACCGGCUAGCCCUGGCGACAGAAGAACCAUAUUGGAAUGAUCUCGCGGUGCAGCUAGCCAGGGCCAUCCAUCCGCAUUUUAUGACCGAGAGAGGUGAUCAAGAGAGCAUGGUGUGGAAGAUAUCGAUGGAUAUGCGCUACGUGCUAGUCAGCAGUAAGGGGAACCUCGACGAUGUAGACGGACUUGUAGUGUACCAGUUAUUACAAGACACAGCCGAGCACUUCAAUAAAAGGAAUGCUACCGAUAGCCCGAGCUCAUCGACGCUGGAUGCAGAAAUCGAACACUACCGUCGUAUCAUGGCCAGCCAUCCCAAAUCUCUAUCAGGGGACCCGCUUGAUCUAGGGAUGAGCCUAUGGAUCAGCCACUUUGACAAAGAAGCAACGUGGGCACGCGAUCUAGCCAAGCAGGGCCUCACCAUCGCGCGUAACCGCUUCCUGCCCGCAGCCCAGAGCCCCGUCAGCGUCGACGAGAAGCAUUCGUAUCGGCUUGCGUUUCGCGAAUUUGGCGGCUGCCUUGGGAUUAAAUGCUACGUUGACGACCCGGCCCAACCGUUACAUAUAGCUGCUGAGGCAGUGCUAGAUGCUUGGGAAGGGAAGGUCCUGAAUGCGGCGGAUGAAGACUUGCGGCCGAUUAAUUUGGUCAUGUACGCCGCGGCGCUAAUUCCUGGUGCUUUCCAUAAAGAGUAUGUGGGUUCGAGAAAGGGGUAG